CCAAAAGCCCUUGUUCCUCCCCUCCCCGAGUGGCAGGGUAGAAUCCUGUCCACGCGACCACCCCUCGGCCUUUAAAACGCCCACCAUUCAUCCAUUUUCCACCACUCUCUGCCCCGACGACCUCUCCCCUCCCCGUGAGCUCGAGCAACCACCUCCAAAAAAAAUCCAUGGGGAUCGUGGAGGAGGCACACAACCUGCGGGUGGUGGGCGAGGGGAAGCGCGGGGUGAUCGUGCUCGCGCACGGCUUCGGCACGGACCAAUCCGUGUGGAAGCACCUGUUGCCGCACCUCGUCGCCGACUACCGCGUCGUCCUCUUCGACACCAUGGGCGCCGGCCCAACCAACCCGGACUACUUCGACUUCUCGCGCUACGCCACGCUCGAGGGCUACGCGCUCGACCUCCUCGCCAUCCUCCAGGAGCUCGGCGUCAAGUCCUGCAUCUACGUCGGCCACUCCGUCUCCGCCGUCAUCGGCGUGCUCGCCUCCAUCUCAAGGCCGGACCUCUUCACCAAGCUCGUGCUCCUCUCCGCAUCGCCUAGGUACCUCAAUGAUGUGGACUAUUAUGGAGGGUUUGAGCAGGACGAGCUUGAUGAGCUCUUUGAGGCGAUGCGAUCAAACUACAAGGCCUGGUGCUCAGGUUUUGCACCACUGUGUGUUGGAGGAGACAUGGAAUCAGUGGCAGUUCAGGAGUUUAGCCGGACACUCUUCAAUAUACGUCCAGACAUUGCACUUAGUGUUGCCCAGACGAUCUUCCAGAGUGAUGUGCGCGGCCUCCUCCCACUCGUUAGCGUCCCAUGCCACAUUGUUCAGAGCACCAAGGAUCUCGCAGUGCCAGUCGUUGUGUCUGAGUACCUGCACAAGCACCUUGGCGGUGACUCCAUUGUCGAGGUGAUGCCCUCCGAAGGCCAUCUCCCCCAGCUUAGCUCUCCGGACAUUGUCAUCCCUGUCUUGCUCCGACACAUUAAGCAUGAUAUUGCAGUCUAGGUUGGGCAAUCGUUACUUCAACAAGAUGAACAUCCGAAGGUGUCUAUUGUCAGUGUUUGUGUCCCCCUUAAUCGUUUAAUGUAGGGUUGCAUCUAUUUUAAUAAGAUGUCCAAGGUGUUAUUAAGUAUUGGCGGUCGAAAUUGUAGUGUAUAUGUCCAUGUAAUAAUCCACUGGCCGUCUAAUUUGCAGUACCGUAUUGAAUGCUUUGGCAUCAUAAGUCUUUCAGAAACUCUUCAUGUUAUUUUGUAGUUUUGCCACGAAACUGAAACUGCUACCGUGUUGUACAUGUUGGCGUUUAUCAUUGUAGUCUGA